AAUCUGUGUCUCAGUCCAGAAAGAAGAUGGGUUCCACAGAAGACCUUGACUAUCCUCAAAUCAUUGUGCAAUACAGUAAUGGAUUUUUAGUCUCAAAGGUUAUGUUCACUGCCUGUGAGUUGGGGGUGUUUGAUCUUCUGCUGGAGUCAGGAGAACCUCUGUCUUCAGAUUCCAUUGCUUCAUGCUUGGGUACCAGCAUCACUGGGAUGGAAAGACUGCUGGAGGCCUGUGUGGGACUGAAGCUCUUGGCAGUAGAGGUGACACAAGAAGGAGCCCUCUACAGAAACACAGAAAUUUCCAACAUCUACCUUACAAAAUCAAGCCCAAAGUCUCAGUAUCAUAUGAUGAUGUAUUAUUCCAAUACAGUCUACUUGUGCUGGCAGCACCUGACUGAAGCUGUGAGAGAAGGAAGAAACCAAUAUGAAAGAACUUUUGGGAUUUCAUCUCAAGAUCCUUUUGGAGCAAUGUACAGAUCAGAAGAAGAAAUGUUAAAAUUCAUGGCUGGCCAGAACUCAGUAUGGAGUAUAUGUGGCAGAGAUGUUCUUGCUGCAUUUGACCUUUCUUCUUUCACACAGAUCUAUGACCUGGGAGGAGGCGGAGGAGCUUUGGCCCGGGAGUGCGUUUCUUUGUAUCCCAAUUCCACAGUCACAAUUUAUGAUCUACCAAAAGUUGUGCAAGUGGUCAAAGAGCAAUUUAUUUUCCCUGAGGAGCGUCAGAUCGCAUUCCAUGAAGGAGACUUCUUUAAUGAUUCAAUUCCUGAAGCUGAACUGUAUAUUUUAUCCAAGAUACUGCAUGAUUGGGAUGAUGACAAAUGCAAACAACUGCUGACAAAAGUCUACAAAGCUUGCAAACCUGGUGGUGGAGUGCUGCUGGUUGAAUCACUUCUGAAUGAAGAUAAAAGUGGGCCUUUAGAAACCCAACUGUAUUCAAUGAAUAUGUUGGUCCAGACAGAAGGAAAAGAGAGAACAGCAGCAGAGUACAGCAAGCUCCUUGAGGCAGCUGGCUUUGGAGUGAUCCAAGUCAAGAGGACUGGAAAACUCUAUGAUGCUGUUCUAGGAAGGAAAUAAUAGUACACCUUUUAUGUACUUAACAAGACAGAAUAAGCGGGGAAAUAUGCUAUUCUCUUAGAGGAGAAUCAUCAAUGCAGCUUUUAGUUAUGGCAGCCAACUUUUUUGUAAGCUGAUAUAUUGACAGAAGAAUCACUAAUGACAAAACUUGAAUGUGCACGUACUGCAAGUCUGGCAGCCUGACCAGGCUUGCCUUUGGAUCUGGAAGAGAGAGAAAGAAAUCAACAUCUGUUCCACAAGAGAAAACCCACAAAAGAAAUGUGCAGUGUGUCUGCUUCAGAUUUUAUCAUUCUCUCUGAUUUUAACACUGUAUCUGACAAAAGUAGAGCUGAACUUGUACUUGAAUUCCUGCAAAAUAAAACUGA